CUCUCUUAUCACAAAAGGAAAGGUAGAAACAAAGAGGGAGCAAAAAGCAGGAGUUUAUUCACUUGAUCAUGGAGACUAAUGAGAAGCCUCAAGUUAUUACCACCAUAAAAACAGCCCUACUAGUUCUAAACUGCAUCCUUUUAACUAUAGGCAACUGCGGUGGCCCUCUCAUAAUGCGCCUUUACUUCAUCCAUGGAGGCAAGCGUGUUUGGCUCUCUAGCUGGCUUGAAACGGGCGGUUGGCCACUUAUUUUCAUCCCCCUUUUCAUAAGCUACCUAUAUCGCCGCCGAUCCAACAAACCAACCGCUAAACUCUUCUACAUGAAUCGUUUUCUGUUCAUCUCCGCCACCGUCAUCGGUGUACUUACCGGCUUGGAUGACUAUCUUUACGCUUAUGGAGUAGCCCGUCUUCCAGUUUCAACAUCUUCUUUGAUCAUUGCUUCCCAGUUGGCGUUCACUGCAGGUUUUGCGUUUCUUUUGGUUAAACAAAAAUUUAAUUUUUUUUCAAUAAACGCAGUGAUUUUGUUGAGUGUUGGGGCUGGUGUCUUGGCCUUGCAUACGAGCAGUGAUCGGCCGGAACAUGAAUCCAGCAGAGAGUAUAUUUUAGGGUUUAUUAUGACGUUAGGAGCUGCACUUUUGUAUGGAUUUAUCUUGCCAUUGGUAGAGUGGACAUACAAGAAGUCGAAGCAGGAAAUUAGUUAUACCCUUGUGAUGGAGAUUCAGCUAGUGAUGUGUCUGUUUGCUACUGUCUUUUGCACCGUUGGGAUGCUUGUUAACAAAGACUUCAAGGUGAUUCCAAGGGAAGCAAGAGAAUUCGGGCUUGGAGAAACAAGGUAUUAUGUGAUAUUAGCGUGGAGUGCAAUCAUCUGGCAGUGUUUCUUCUUGGGAGUCAUAGGAGUCAUCUUUUGUGCUUCCUCUUUAUUAUCAGGCAUUAUAAUUGCUGUUCUCCUUCCCGUGACGGAGGCCUUGGCUGUCAUUUUUUACCAAGAGAAAUUUCAGGCUGAAAAAGGUGUUGCUCUUGCACUUUCUCUUUGGGGCUUUGUUUCUUUCUUCUACGGUGAGAUCAAACAAACCAAGAAAAGGAAUCUUGCUCCUGAAACAGAAAUGUUUCCAUCUGAUCCAACAGAAAAUAUUUGAACACGACUCCUAGAUUGCCGAUAACACUACUAGAUUGCCAUUAUAUGAUAUAGAUUUGGUUGUCUAAUCUGCACGUAUCAAGCUUCCUCCGUUCUUUUGCCUGUUUUCCUGUUUUCUACUCUGUAACGAAAAUUUGGGCAUAAAUAUCAUAUCAGAGAAUAAAUAAAGUGUUUAUUUUCAGUUGAUUUUA